CCCAGCCGAGGGCUCCAGGCCUCCAGGUCCAGGUGCACGCACCUCCCCUGUCCCCUGUUCUCUCCCUCUCUCUCCACUUUCCUCUUUAACUGCGCCUCCCCAGCUUGUGCUACUCCCCCAAGCGAAGCGAGGCACUCACUUCCUCAAUCCUCAUUCACGCUUGGCCCGUACGGCAAGAGGCGACGCGGCGCCCAAUCUAGUUAACCCCCCGCGGCCACCGGAUCGGGGAGGACCCUGCCUUCCCCUGGCGAUUCUCCUCCAAGGUCAACAGUCAAGAGAUGGAAAUUAGCCACAUUUGAUUUUGCAUAAGUUCAGGGAGCACUAGGUGUUAACGGAAGUAUUUUCCUCGAUGGAGGUUGAAGCAGAUUUUGAUGUUGAAGAUUCCAGAUCAAACAAUGAACUGCAGGAGUUGUGUCCAGUUGGCGAGAUAGAUCCUAGGAGAGGAAGAUUCCCUUAUUGCAUUGUCUGGACUCCUCUUCCUGUAGUUUCAUGGCUUGCUCCUUAUAUAGGGCAUGUUGGAAUCUGCCAGGAGGAUGGAUCUGUCCUGGAUUUUGCUGGUUCAAAUUUAGUGAGCAUGGAUAAUUUCGCGUAUGGUUCGGUUGCCAGAUACCUUCAACUUGACAGAAAUAAGUGCUGCUUUCCUGCUAAUCUCAUGGCACAUGUAUGCAAGUGGUCCUACAAGCACGCAGAAGUUGGAACAGCAACUUCAUGGGAUGCUGCCCUACAACUGGGGACGAGAAAUUUCCAGCACAAGUACUACAAUCUGUUCACCUGCAAUUGCUACUCAUUUGUGGCAAACUGCCUGAACCGGCUUGCCUACAGCGGAUACGUGGAGUGGAAUGUUUUGAACGUGGCCGCUCUUGUUUGGCUGCACGGCGAAUGGGUGGACAACAUGUCUAUCGUUCGAUCAUUCUCUCCGUUCCUAAUUGUGACAUGCAUCGGUGUUUUUAUGGCUGGCUGGUCUUUCUUAAUCGGGACAGUAGCAUUCUCUUCUCUUCUGAUUGGGUGGUUUGUCUUUGCUGUAUACUGCUCAAAAGGUUUGGUGCGCUGAUUAAUUUAUAACAUUACGGCUGAACCCUGUGAGUUGUUGAAGUAAUCUGUUCGUGGCCAUUUUCAUUCUCAUGAUUA